UCCCGCCCGAGUCUACGUGCCCACACAAGCCUGCCCCGAGCUCCGUGCCCCAGGGUCCCACACAGCCUCCACUGUCUGGGCCCCCUCUGCGGAUCGGUGCCCAGCCUGGCAACGAGGCCAAGUCCUGCUAGGCUGGCCAGAGGUCACUCGCCACACCCCAGCUGCCGGCUGUAUCAGAGGGCCGCUUUGCUUCUCCCCUCAACCCUGGAUGCCUCAGUUUCCCCUCUUGAGAGAGGUAGGGGUGCAGGAAGUGAGGAGCUACGAGGACCACAGGACGUGUGGGCCACAUGGGGACACCAUGCAUCUCUGACAGGAUCAAUCACUCUAAGCCUGUCUGAGGAGCUCUGGGCUUAGGAGCAGCUCUCAAAGCCUCCUUUGUGCCUGAGGAGAAUGAGCCGCGAGAGAACAGGGAGCCCUGGCCUGGGGAACCCCUUGGGCCCCGGCUCCUGAGAUCGACAUCAGCAGGGAGAACCCCCAGCCGGGCCCCCGAGGCCCACCCAGGCCCGGUGCCCACUUGGUGCCAUGGGAGCCGUCCACGGGAAGAAGAAAGAAUACUCUCCUCAGGCCAUAUUUCAUCACGAAAAUGAGAAGCAGAGACUAAGUGGCUCAGCCUCAAUGUACUCGGAGAUCCAGAGGGAGCGGGCAGACAUCGGGGGCCUGAUGGCCCGGCCCGAGUACAGGGAGUGGAGCCCAGAGCUCAUCAAGCCCAAAAAGCUGCUGAACCCUGUGAAGGCGUCCCGGAGCCACCAGGAGCUGCACCGGGAGCUGCUCAUGAACCACAGAAGGGGCCUGGGCGUGGACAGCAAGCCGGAGCUUCAGCGAGUCCUGGAGCACCGCAGACGGAACCAGCUCAUCAAGAAGAAGAAGGAAGAGCUGGAAGCCAAGCGGCUGCAGUGCCCCUUUGAGCAGGAGCUGCUGAGACGGCAGCAGAGGCUGAACCAGCUGGAAAAACCACCAGAAAAGGAAGAGGAACACCCCCCCGAAUUUAUCAAAGUCAGGGAAAACCUGCGGAGAAUCACCACGCUGACCAGUGAAGAGAGGGCGCUGUAGGGCAGGCCGUUGAAGCUCCAGCCCACACAGCCCACCGCCGGCCCCCACACCCUCCUCCAGCCCUUCUGUAUCUGGCAGCCCUGGGCCCCGGCCUGGGGACCUCUGUGAUGUUCAUGCUUGCUCUCGUAAAAAUGCCCCAGAGGGCCUGGGCCCUCCUUCCCACCCACCAAAAGCUGGGGGGGCCCUAAGUUCCCAGGCUUUUCCUUCUGAGCACUCACGGCUUCUGCUCCCAAAGGAAGCUGCUUCCAGGAAAACUUUCCCAAGGCACUUCUCCCUGCAGGGGCUCCUGAGCUCUAGUGAGAUCUUUCUGGCAGAAUGGAAUAAGGAGAGACAGGCACCUCUUUGGCCUGACCAGCCCUCCAUUUUACCCGGGCCCCAUGGGGCCCUGCUUCUCUGGGCAGCCCAGCUCCCAGGUCUCAGAGAACGUCCUUGACUGUGGUGUUACCUGCAGCCAGGUGUGGGGCAGCUAAGCAGAGCAUCUCAGAACACCUGCCUUGAAAGCCAGCGGAGGGGAAUAUGGUUCAAGUGCAGCUGCCCUCGGUGAUGAAGGGCAGGGUGCCCCACAAGGCGGCCGUGGGGCUCAGGUCAUGCCAGGUUGCAAGACGACUAACCAGGUCGGCUUCUUAGAGUGUGCCAGCUUCCCACGCACCCACGCUUUUGCUGUCUCCUCUGCACAGCCUCCCUGCCUGGGCCUUGUAACCACAUCUAACCAGGGCUGCAGCCUUCCGGCUCCCAGAAGUCUAGAACAGUGCUUCUCAAACUUUAUUGUGCCUACGAGUCACUGGGGACCUUGUUACAAUAUGGCUUCUGACUCUGUAGAUCUGGGGUGGGGGCUGGGAUUCUGCGGCUCUCAGGAGCUCCCGGCUGCUGGUCUGAGGACCACCCUGUAAGCAGCCAGGCUCGAGCAGCCAGGGGCUGGUAUAUAUCGGAAACACCAUCCCUGAAGCCACUCCGGCCCCCCAGUUGCCAUGAACCUUUGCCCUGGGGGUUCCCUACCCUGCCUGUGGAACCCCAAGGGCUCUCUAUCACCCACCCCAUUCCAGGGACCCCAAGCCUGGGAAGACAUUUGCCUAGCAAAUCGUGUCACUUGUAGAACUGUCGUCACUGGAGAUGUAUAUAAUUGCCAAUCUGCAUUUUCUUACCAUGUUGUUUUGAUGUAAUUCUGGCCAAAAAAGAAAGAAAGAAAGAAAAAGAUAGUUUCUGUUUUACCUUUUCCUGAAGCCUAUGGAGAGCAGAUAUGCAGUGAUUUCCAGUGGGCUUCUGGAAAUACAAACAGUGAAGGCCCCACCGCUACCCUUAUAGACGGGCUCCUUUGAGCCCCCAUUUCCAGCCUCUGCACCCCCUCUCUACUGGGUCUCUACCCUCAGGCCAGCUUCGGUGAACUCACCCGUUCUUCCUCAAAAAUCCCUCCCCACACGAGACGAAUGUUUUACCCUUUGCUUCUAUCCCAUUCUGAAGGAUUCUGAGAAUAAACCAGGCCUGCUUUCCCCGUGAAGAAUAAAAUCCCUGCCUCUGGCAUUGCAGACCCAUCAUUUAAGGUGUCAGGCCAGGGCUAAAAAGGCAUUUCCUUUCACCCCCCCAAAACUGCCCGAAAAAGCUGCCGCGGAAAUGCUAUUUCAUUCUCGGACCAAAAGUGGGACGUUCAGGCGGAAAGGGGUCAUCCUGGUCUCACUCCUACCUGAGCAGUUUGAGGAUGACCAGAGACGAGGCCCUCUUCCGGGACCGGGGCGGGUGUACAAAUACAGCCGUGCACGUGCUGCCUGCCUGUGUGUGUGUGUGUGUGUGUGCAAGCGGGGCUUUAAAAGGCUCUUGAAUGUGUCUUAGCGAGAACGUGCUGACGCUAUUUUAGAUGCCUGCCAGGUGAGAGCGAUGCUGAAGCAAAAUCUCCAAAUAAAGACCCCCAUUUCCUCCGAAGAAGCCUCCCCCAGCAGUCUGCGUGCCGUUCAGACAUAUGAAGAGAAGACAGAGCAUCUAGGGUGGGGUAGGCCCUCCCGGAGAAUGCUAGAAUUCUCUCAGUGGUCCCUAGAGGUGCUGCACAGAGACGAAGCCCCAGAAGUCGAAUGACCCCAGCACCGCGUCAUCCCGUGGAGCCACAGCAGACACCCACGUACACUCCCCAGUGGUCAGUCCCACCCCCUUCCCUCUAGCGGCCUCCCACUGUAGAGGAUGUAAAUCCCGAUUCCCACUGUUCCAGCCUCCUUUGCAGCUUGGGGUGACAUGUGACCAGGUGAGCCAAUGACAUUUAAGAGGAAGUCUACAGGGGCUUCUGGGAAAGCUUCUGCUUCCCUGAUAGAAGAGGCAGACAUGGGUAACACCUCCCUGCCCCUCCAUUCUUCCUGCCUUGAUUGAGGAUGUGAUGCCUGGAGCCACGACAGCCAUCUUGCGACAACGAGAGAAAGGUCAAGAGACUCCCGGAGACACUGACUCUAUCACAUUUGACCAAGCCAAUGCUAGCAGCCAUCCUCCUCCAGAAUUCUUGUAAAUAAAAAGAAAACUCGCUUUGUUUAA